UGCACGCUAAACCGUAUGUACUACUACUAGUACUACUACUACUACCGCCCCUACAACCAAGCACCCACGAGCCACGGCCAGCUGAAGAAGCCAGCACGCGGAAGUUACCGAAAACCAGAUGACGAAACCUCGUUAAGUCUUCUCAUUGUCGCUGCCGAUUCGUAUUUCACGGAUAAUCUGUGUGCUGGUUUCACCGAGUACAGCGUGCAAAUCAGUUCUCUGCUGGCGAUACACUGGUAAUAAAAUAACGGUAGCCGUUGGGUUGGUUUACGCAGGAAAUUAACGGCGAACAAAAAGCUGACGCGUGUGUAUGUGUCUAUACGUAUUUAAGCGGUCGCGUGUUUGUUGUGUAUGUGUGUGUGGUUUUCAGUUUCCCUGGAACUACCGUGCAGAUUUUACCUGAUGAAUGGCAGCGUGUACAGAGACAAUGAUGAUGGGGGUAUCCACGGGGCUGCUGUGGUGAUCGCUCAUGGAGAAAAGACAAAAGAAUGCAUUUGCAAAGCGGUUAUGAGAGAGGCACGUAGUCGCUAACGAUGUGAAACAGAAUCGAAGAUAUCGAGAUGGGUAUGUCUACCCAGGAUCUUGUCGCAAUAAUAUUUGGUGCGAUUUUCGGAGCUCUGUUUUUGAUGACAUGUGUCAUUUCUGCCGUCAAAGCCAUCAGGGACAGACAAAAAAUCAAAGAACGCAUCAUUGCAAAGCGAUCUCGUGCAAACAGCGUGCCGAAAGCCCAUCUGUCGAAACUCGGUCGAAUACGGCUCGAAUCCCGAAAGUCUGACCUCACAGUUCAUUCCAUCGAGAGCACAAGCAGAAAGAGUUCGCUGGGUACUGACGUCAUAGUCCGCGCCUACGACAACGAGAUGGACGUGAGUCUGGACCACGACGACAUCCACAAGACGACGCACUACGACGCGUCGACCGCACGACAGCCUCUGCGAGUGAUACCCAGGAAUGAAGAAGGUAGCGACAACGAUGACAGACAGUUGACGGUGGACGGCGGGUACAUUCAAAAUUUCAACCGAGAAGACAGGAGGCAGUAUAGGUUUAUUCCAAAUCAGAGGAACGCCUCGAGAGACGUUUCCACGAGGUACGACUGGGAUAAGAAACACCACAGACGAGGGUCCUACGAGGCAGCCAUGACGGAACCGUACCACGUUUAUUACCCCUCGGACGGAUCUUACUCGGACGGAAGUCCCGACCGUAACGAGUACUCGAAAUCGGGAACGAGAAUGAAAGUGUAUAAGCAGAAUGUGUACAAACAGAACGGAACAGAAAACAUGGCCUUUGAAAGUGUGGACUUAUAACGUCUGGUGAUGCAGUUUUCAGAUGCACUUCUGUCGACGUGGUUGUUAGUAUGUUGCAAUAACUCAACCAACCGCCUUGAUGGUCCAACACUGGAUCUAAAUCUCACACGGCCUUAUGACAAGUGAAAAGUGAAACUGCGAAAGGUAAAGGGUUAAUAAAGGGAGGAUUACAUGUACAUAAAGCGAGUGGUGAAGUGCCAGAAACGGAUAUUCAGCAACGCGAGUGAAGUCUUUUGUUAUUUAAGAUGUGAAAUCAUAUUUCUAAGACGACCAAAGUCAAUGUAUCAUAACUCUUUUUAACAUAUAUUGCAUAUGUUUCCUAUCAGAAUACGUUAUUGGAUGUAUAUUCGUGCUUACUGGAUGUAUAUACUUGUUCCAACAGGUUAAUGGAAAUCCAUCCUUGGCAGAAACAACUCCCCAGGAAAGCAUGCCGUCGACAGAAUCCUUUGCUAGAUAUUAUGUGUUUGCCGGGAAACGUUCUUGGAUGAUGAGUACUUGCAAGAAUACGCUCUGUAAUAUACACAUGCCAGAAUGUGUUAGUGGGUAAUAUCUGCUUGCCACAGUACAUUCCUGAGUGUUACUAGUAUAUGUUUGACAGAAUACGUACCUUUAAGGUAUAGACUUCCUCGAAUAUGUUAUUGGAUGGUAUGUUCUUUCGAAAAAUGGUUCUCGUUUCAAGAUGGCAUGCGCUUUAGGAAUGGUAUGUGCCAAUCAGAAUACGUUUCCCUGUGGCUGAUACGUGCCAGAGAAAGUUACUGGACUUAAAUCAGUCGAUAAUGAUAGUAAAAAAAUGUACGCCGACAGUGGGAAAUCAUUUUGUUAUGUAUCCACGUUGUUCAGUCGCUCAAAGCAUUAACCAUUAUCAGACGAAAAUAGCGGAUCACAAACGCCUACUUUUCUUGGACGUGAAAAAUUCUAAUGAAAAAAAUCUCUUUCAUCUGAAAUGAAAUCCCUAAAACCAUUGGCGCUGUCAGGCCACAAUUUCUGAUAGAAAAUAGAUGGGUUGUGAAUAACGGACGAGUUUGUUAAGUAACAUAAUGAUGGUAAAUUGUGAACUGUCAUGCUUCAUGAACCGGCCGCAGCGCUGUGCGUGCUUAAACAGAUUCUCAGUUGUAGUCUCCUAUCCGAGGUUCCACAUUUUAAAAAGGAGGAACUCGCAAUGGUGUCUUUGGUUUGAUGAUUGCGAUACAUUAGUCACAGUUACUAAAGUUUGUGUUCACCUAAAGAUGAAGAUGGAACAGUUCUGCAAUCAGCUGGAAUGAGGACAUGACAAGCAUCACGUGCUGUUAGCAGAUGCUGUCGUUUUGCCUAAUGCUAGAUUCAGAGUGUCAACUGUCACGACGACGUUGGCCAACUCGACGGUCGCGUUGUAAUUACCCCACCUCCCAACUUACGGUGGGUGCGCUCAGAUUAACUAAAGGGUUAUACGACGAGAAUCGAGUUGUAAGAACGCUCAGACUAGCAAAUGGACAGUCGUAGAAGUCGUGAGAGCAGAAAGUUGGCCACCUUUGUCGUGACAGUUGGUAGUCUGGUCCUAGCAUUAGAGAUCGAGUUUGGAUACAGAAGCUCAGAGCCUGUUUGUCUAUUUGGCACUCUAGACGUUGUGCAUGAGGCAUACAAAGGUUACGAAAUGUAUGGAAAUUAUAACAAUAUGACAUUACAAAGCUAUGAGACCAACAACUAUGGGACAUGUUGCCUCCCAAUAGCUAAGGUUUGUUGUUACCUAAGCCGUUUUAUUUAUCGUAGAUAUAUGCAAGUACUAUAGACCCCAUGAAGCCAUAAUUCUAGACGUACGUAAAGACAGAGAAAAAACUACAAAAACAAAACAAAUUAUGAUGUGACUGCAAGUAGACCUAAAUGACAAUCACAUACAAUGUAUAUAUGCACAAUCAUAUGAUGUAUUGCAAGGCGUGAAAUAAAAUAAAUGUUUACCAGA